AUGACAUCGUCACAUAAGAAACAGAGUUCAGGGAUCGAGACGGACUUGACGGACAAAGAAAAGGGAGAUCACAAGUUUGUACGGCGUUUGACGCGUCAAAAGUCGGAGAAGGAGGUUUUGGUGGGGACGCCGGUGAAGGAGGGGCAUCAGAAUUUUGUUUUGAUGUACGACAUGUUAAUGGGCAUCCGCGUUUCGGUAUCACGAUGUCAAGCCAAGCCAUCACGCGUUCUGGUUAAAGAAGACUUCAUAGCAAGCCAUAAGAUGACAUUUGACAUUGCUGGGACCGAGCUGACCCCAUCAUCUCGCUACGACUUCAAGUUCAAAGAUUAUGCUCCAUGGGUGUUCCGCUGCGUGCGUGACGCCUUCAACAUCGAUCCGGCGGAGUACCUGCUUUCCUUGACUGGGAAGUACGUUCUCUCAGAGUUGGGUAGUCCAGGGAAGAGUGGGAGUUUCUUUUACUACUCUUCCGACUAUCGGUAUAUCAUCAAGACGAUCAAAAGAGCAGAGAAGAAGGCUUUCAUGGGUUUCAUACAUUGGUACUAUGAACAUUGCCGCACGAAUCCCGACACGACCCUCUGCCGCAUUCUCGGUCUCCACCGCGUGAAACUGAAGGGCAACCGCAAGCUGCACUUUGUUGUCAUGCUCAAUGUAUUCCCCCCUAACAAGGACAUCCACGAAAUGUAUGAUUUAAAAGGAUCCAGAGUGGGACGCGAGUUCCCGGAAGAACUGGCGAAAGAUGACCCCAGGGCGGUGCUGAAGGAUAUCAAUUGGCUGAAUCGGAAGCGGAAACUGGAGCUGGGGCCGACGAAGGCGAAGAUUUUUAUUGAGCAGUUGGAGAAAGAUAUGAAGUUUCUUGCCCGACACAAAAUUAUGGACUAUUCACUGCUGAUUGGCAUACAUGAUAUGAAACGUGGCAAUACCGAAAACAUUCGGGACAAAACCCUCGCAGUAUACGAACCCAACCCCGACGCCUCCCUCUCAAGGCAAGUGACGGUCGCCUCCCUCAUGAUGUCUCGCCCCGGCGCCGGCUCCGUCACAAUACCCCCAGACGAGCGCAACACGUCGGCAACAAGCAUACCCCACUCACGCGCCACAUGCAUCUUCUACUCCGACGACGGCGGCUACCAAGCCUCAGACGACCACGACCAACCCCUUGACAAACUCUACUACCUCGGCACCAUCGACAUCUUCACCACGUACGACAUUGUCAAAUCCAUCGAGCAUCUUUGGAAAUCCUUCUCGCAGGACGCGCACGGCAUCUCGGCUGUCCCGCCCGCUGAAUAUGGUGUCCGGUUUUUCAGCUUUAUGAAGGGGAUUAUCAGACAGCCGGGGGAAGGCGCUGUUGCUGAGGCGGUUGUGCCUUGA